GGCACGAUGGAGAGCGACGGCAAGGGAGGGUCGGCGCUGGUUCUUCUGCUGUGGUACAAGGUCUUGGAAGGCGUGUUGGUGCUACUCAUCGGCGUGCUCAGCACGUUCUGGCUGCCGCUCCCGCUGUACCGGCUGAGGGAGGCCGUGACAUGCCGACGGCGGAGGCUCCGACUCCUGCGCCAGUCCGAAGAAUGCGGCGGCAAAGCUGGUGGUGGCGCCGACAGCAAAGCUAUCCGUCCCGUCGGUGGCAGAGAAGCUGGUAAUGGCGGGGGGCACGGGCACACAAACGAGGGAGCGGCGGAGAGCUUGACGCGACAAGAACCCAAGUCAGCAGCCGCUGCUGCGGACGGUUUCCCAGACCUGGGCAGGAGGUAUCUCGACUUCCUCGCGCAGGCCCUGGGUCAAAGUCACUCGGCGGCAGCGGCGGCGAUAGCCGCCCCGGACCGCCGCCCCGGCCUUCCUCGCAACGGCGGAGGUCAUCCCGAGGGCUGUUUCGUCGACGUGUCGUGA